AUGAUGAAUGCGAUUGUAAAUGAUAGGAAGUUAAAUGAGAAUGAAAUUAAAAACGAAUGGGAGAAAUUCUUUGGGACCCGCAGCGCGGUCACGCACUCGGGCCACGGUGCGCAGCUCCCGGCCUCGUUGUCCGCGGAGUCGGGGUCAUAUCUCUCUGUCGACCUCUCCCAGCAUCGGAGAUCUUAUUUCAUCCGUGAGAUCACUCGUUGGGGCCAAAAAAGUGACCCCGUGCCGCGUCCGCCGCGUCCGCGCCGUCCGCGCCGCUUCGCGGAGGGGAGUUUCGAAGCCGCGAUCCCCCUCGCGUCCAGCAGGGCAUCCAGCGGCUUGGAAGAACUUAUUUCGGGCCACAUCAGCCGUUCCCUUUGCCGGCGAUUCGACCAUUCAUCGACAUGCCAGCACGCGGUGUCCAGCGGAGGAAGCAGGGACGAUCGUAUGCCCCGAGACACCCGCAUUGCGCGCCGAAAGGGGCGACUCGCCCAUGCUCUGCGAAGCGCAGCCCGCGCUCAUCGUUAUCUUCAAAAAAUCCUAGAAAAUAGAGACUUGGCCGGGGGUUCGGUACCCUUUUCGAUUCGCAAAUGGGGCGCCGCCCAUUAA